AUGCCGCCUUUCUGGACCAUCGGCUGUCUCUACGGCGCCUCCAGCGUCAUGCUCGGCGCCUUCGGCGCCCACGGCCUCAAGCAGCGCAUCUCAGACCCCGCGCGCAUCGCAAACUGGGGCACCGCGGCGCAGUACCAGCUCGUGCACUCGGCCGUGCUGACGUUUGCGUCUGUUGUCGCGCCCCAGAACACCGUCGCCAUGGGCUUGCUGACCGCCGGCAUGACCAUGUUCUCCGGCAGCUUGUAUCUGCUGGUGCUCGACCCGCAGCGGUUCGGGAAGUACGUGGGGCCUGUGACGCCGCUUGGGGGGCUUGCGCUGAUUGGGGGGUGGGUUGCGCUGGCGGUGACUAAGAGGCCGGUGGUGCCCAAGUUCAAGUAG